GAGGGCAAAUCAGUUGUGUUAGGUAGAAAACUUUUCAUGAGAUCAAGUGGUUUUAAUUCUUGUGGAGUAAAGAAGCCCUAUGAUUUUAGACCUAACUGGUUCUGUAGUUUGUAAGGAACUAGGUGGUACGGAAGUAUUUUCCAUAAUUAGCACACUAAGUUUGUUGGGUUCAGAAGUUUAAUUAGUAAACAUAACCCAAAGAGAGAAAAUAAAAGAAAAAGUUGGAAAAUAAAUUGAAGGAUAGAUUUUGAAGGGCUAAGUCGGUUUGGUGCAACUGAAAAUGUCAUCAUAUUUUUGCUAGCAAAAUCUGGUUCUCAUUCCCCCAAAAGCUAAGUUUUAAGCCUUCCUAGAAGAAGUGAAGCAGAGAAAGAAGGUGAGACAUAGAUUCAUCUAUUGAGUGUUGUUUCUGCAACUUGGGUUUUGUUAAUGGUUCUAAUGGCAAAGCUAGUUUGCCAUUCACAUCUUCUUCUGCUCAUCAUAGUUUUCCUCUCUCUCCAUCCUUCAAGCCAGCUACAACAACACACUCAGUCACAAACCCUUCUGAAGAUCCAGCAGCUUCUCAACUACCCAUCGGCCUUAACCAGCUUCAGCCAUAGAAGCAACACCAGAGACUUCUGCAAAAUUGAACCAACCCCAUCUUUGACUCUAUCCUGUUAUGAAGGCAACAUAACCCAGCUGCACAUUAUUGGCAACAAUGGGUUUCCUCCACUGCCUCGUGAUUUCUCAGCAGACUAUUUCUUUGCCACACUUGUUGGCUUACGAAGCUUGAAAGUGCUUUCACUGGUUUCUCUUGGUUUAUGGGGGCCAAUGCCUGCAAGUAUUGGGCAUUUGUCUUCACUGGAGAUUCUCAAUGUAAGCACAAAUUACUUAAGUGGUACAGUUCCUCUCCAACUUUCAUAUCUGAGGAACCUUCAGACUCUCAUGCUUGACCAUAACAAGUUCACUGGUCAAGUUCCAGGUUGGCUGAGUUCACUUCCAGUCUUGGCUGUUCUCAGUUUGAAAAACAAUAUGCUUAAUGGGUCUUUGCCAUAUUCUUUGGCAUCUUUACAAACUCUCAGAGUUCUCUGCCUAUCAAGUAACUUCUUGUCAGGGGAAGUGCCUGAUCUCAGAAACUUGACAAACUUGCAAGUUCUUGAUUUGGAAGACAACUAUUUCGGGCCUCAUCUUCCAAAUAUGCCUUCCAAGUUGGUCACCCUUGUGCUAAGAAAGAACAAGUUUCGCUUGGGAAUCCAGACUGCAUUAGGCUCCUGCUAUCAGCUCCAGAAGCUAGACAUUUCAUUGAAUGGAUUUGUAGGGCCAUUUUUGUCAUCAUGGUUGUUACUGCCUUCCAUUAAAUAUCUUGACAUUGCUGGAAAUAAACUCACUGGAUUUCUCUUUAAGAACAUGACUUGCAAUUCUGAGCUUGCUUUUGUCAAUUUAUCCUCAAAUCUUUUGUCAGGGGAUUUGCCCACUUGUCUGAAAAAGGAUUCUAAGAGCAGGGUUGUUAUGUAUUCUGGGAAUUGUUUAGCAGAUGAAGAUCAGAAGCAGCACCCUUCUUACUUGUGCCACAAUGAAGCUCUGGCUGUGCAAAUACCACCUCCUAGUGAGGAAAAGCAUAGGAGAACUUAUGGUAAACAAGUUGUUGCAUCAAGUGCAGUGGGAGGUAUUGUGGGUGCAAUUGCAGUUGUUGGUUUAGCUUUCAUGGCCGCUAAGAAGUUUUAUAGUGAGCACACUACUAAGACUCCCCAAAUAAGGUUAAUUGCAGAUACAGUCUCAGCAGUGAACACAGCUAAGCUACUCUCUGAUGCAAAAUACAUAUCAGACACAAUGAAGCUGGGAGCUAGCCUUCCUGCUUAUAGAACUUUUGCUUUGGAGGAUCUCCAGGAAGCCACCCAUAACUUUGAUGAUUCAACAUUACUAGGUGAAGGUUCACAUGGACAGAUAUAUAGAGGGAAGCUCCCUGAUGGAACCUUUGUUGCUAUAAGAGGCUUGAAAAUGAGAAAGAGGCAGAGUCCACAGGUCUACACACACCUCCUUGAGCAGAUUUCAAAACUGAGACAUAGCCAUUUGGUUAGCGCUCUUGGACAUUGCUUGGAGUGCCAUCCAGAUGAUUCAGGCGUCAGUAGAAUAUUUCUUAUAUUUGAGUUUGUUCCAAAUGGAACUCUCAGAGGCUGCAUCUCUGAAGGACCUCCAGGACGGAAGCUUACCUGGCCGCAGAGAAUAAUAGCUGCAAUUGGAGUUGCAAAGGGUAUUCAGUUUCUGCAUACCGGGAUUGUUCCUGGUGUUAAAUCAAAUAAUCUGAGGAUAAAAAAUGUCUUAUUGGAUCACGAUCUUCAUGUAAAAAUAAGCAGCUAUAACCUACCUCUUUUGGCUGAAAGCAGGGGAACGAUGGGCACUACAGUUUCUUCUCCGGCACCAAAAGGAAGCAUUCAAGCUAGGGCAAGCCAUGAGUGUAAGAAUGAUGUUUAUGAUAUUGGAGUCAUCUUGCUGGAAAUCAUUUUGGGGAGGCCUAUCAUGUUCCAAAAUGAAGUUGGAGUUUUGAAAGACCUUUUACAAGUAAGUUUAACGACUGAUGACACGGGUCGAAGGAGCAUUGUCGAUCCAGCAGUGCACAAGGAGUGCUCCGAUGAAUCAUUGAAGACAAUGAUGGAGAUAUGUGUGAGGUGUCUGUCCAAUGAGCCAACUGAUAGGCCUUCUGUUGACGAUAUUCUGUGGAAUUUGCAGUUUGCAGCACAAGUUCAGGAUUCAGUAAGAGAAGACUAUCUGAGUCAUCAAGGCUCACCUGUUUCAUCAUCCCAACAAGUCUGACUUCCAACUUGCUAACUUUCCCUGAAUUAGAAGUUAGCAGGGCCAGUAUAUGUAAUGUACCAUACAAGAUGUAUGCACGUUGUCAUAUCUUAUACUGUAUUCUUGAUAUGUUAAUGAAAUUCAUUUUCUAAAAAACAAAAAAAAA